UUAAGAGAACAAGAAGGCGACGAAGAAGCUGAGGCUUUAACGAAGCCUAAGGCAACUGAGAAUUUGGAAUAGAGUUGCAGACAACGGCCAUAUAAUCAUCAGAGAAUCGAAAUACUGACACAUUUCAAGAAAAAGAUUGAGCAAUGGGGACAGGAGCUUCAAAGAACUCCGAAAGCUCUCAUGGCGGCGAAGAGCGAGAAGAUAACGUGGACCAUUCUGGUGAGCAGCUCUACGUCUCCCUCAAAAUGGAGAAUGACAAAUGUAAAGGCGAUCUCAUCCCUCACGUUUACGGUUCCGUUCCUCUAGUCGGUUCUUGGGAUCCUUCAAAAGCCCUCUCACUGGAGCGCGAGUCUACUUCGACGUGGGAAUUAAGUUUUGUUGUUCAUCCGAACCAUGAAACUUUGGAUUUCAAGUUUCUUCUGAAGCCACAUGACAGUAAUGCGCCUUGUAUUGUUGAGGAGGGCCCAAACCGACUCCUAGCGGGGGGUACCUUGCAAGGACAUGCCAGGGAGGCUUUGUUCUUGUUCAGCGGCGAUGAGGUAAUUGAGUAUCGUGUCUUUAUCAAAUCUGAUAGGCUAUCUCCUUUUGAUCUUGCGGCUAGUUGGAGAGUUUAUCACCAGAAUUUUCAACCUUCCACCGUUCGUGGGAUUCCUGAUAUUAGCAUCAAUGUGGCACCAGACACGAAUAUUGAGAAUGGAACUGCAACAAGUUUGGAGCUUGAUCUGGAGGAUUAUGUUGUUCCAGCUCCCGUGACUUCUGCAAACUCAGGCCUGGUUUAUGCAGCUAACAUGACAGAGAAUCCAAAAUCAUUGACUCGUUCUGGAAACUUAUAUAACAGUGAUAGCUCAAGCAGUGGUUCAGAUUCAAACAGCACUGUUGGUGUUUCAGUUGAAGUUGAUCAACCUGAAAUAAGAAAGGAAAUGGAAGUCUUUGUCUCAGAUGCUUCUAAAGUUUAUUCCUCACCUGAUGUGGCUGAAUCGAAGUCAGUGGGAACAUUUUCACCUACGCAAAAGCAGGAGGGUUACAGGGGCCUCUUUGUGGAUAGAGGUGUGGGAUCUCCAAGACUAGUUAAAUCAUCUAGUCAAACUACUUUCACUAUGGAUCUGAAGCUGGAUUCUGAAACCCAGUAUUGUACUUCUUCUGAUUGUCAGAAUGCCAUGCCAGAAGCUGCUGGAGCCGUUGCAGCUGGAGCUGUAGCUGAUCAGAUGCUUGGACCUAAGGAGGAUAGACAUUUGGCUAUUGUUCUGGUUGGGUUGCCUGCCCAAGGCAAGACCUUUACUGCUGCCAAACUUACAAGGUAUCUCCGCUGGCUGGGUCAUGAUACUAAGCAUUUCAAUAUUGGGAAGUAUCGUCGCCUCAAGCAUGGAACAAAUCAGUCUGCUGAUUUUUUUCGAGUUGACAACGCAGAAGGCAUGGAGGCACGCAAUGAGGUAGCAGCUUUGGCAAUGGAUGAUAUGAUAUCCUGGAUGCAAGAAGGCGGCCAGGUUGGAAUAUUUGAUGCCACAAACAGUAGCAAGGCACGGAGGAAUAUGCUAAUGAAGAUGGCUGAAGGGAAAUGCAAGAUUAUAUUUUUGGAGACAAUAUGCAAUGAUGCACACAUUAUUGAAAGAAACAUACGCCUUAAAAUUCAACAAAGUCCUGACUAUGCAGAAGAGCCAGAUUUUGAAGCUGGACUGCAAGACUUCAAAGCACGACUGGCAAAUUAUGAGAAGGCAUAUGAACCAGUGGAAGAAGGGUCAUACAUAAAGAUGAUUGAUAUGGCUAGUGGACAAGGUGGUCAGAUACAAGUGAACAAUAUCAGCGGCUACCUUCCAGGAAGGAUUGUCUUUUUCUUGGUAAAUACACAUCUCACACCCCGCCCAAUAUUUCUUACUCGACAUGGAGAGAGUCGGGCUAAUGUUAGAGGCAGAAUUGGGGGAGAUACAGUUUUGAGUAAAGCUGGAGAAAUUUAUGCAAAAAAACUUGCUAAUUUUGUGGAGAAGCGACUCAAAUCUGAAAAGGCUGCUUCUAUUUGGACUAGCACACUGCAAAGAACAAUCUUGACUGCAAGUCCCAUUGCAGGAUUUCCUAAGAUACAAUGGCGGACACUUGAUGAGAUAAAUUCUGGAGUAUGCGAUGGAAUGACAUAUGAGGAGAUAAAGAAAAACAUGCUGGAGGAGUAUGAGUCACGUAAGAAGGAUAAGCUCAGGUAUCGAUACCCUCGUGGGGAAUCUUACCUUGAUGUUAUCCAAAGGUUAGAGCCUGUAAUUAUUGAGCUUGAGCGACAACGUGGACCUGUUGUACUGAUCUCUCACCAGGCUGUUUUGAGAGCAUUAUAUGCAUAUUUUGCAGACCGACCGUUGAAGGAAAUUCCGAACAUUGAGGUGCCACUUCACACCAUAAUUGAGAUACAAAUGGGAGUUACUGGUGUCCAAGAGAAGAGAUACAAACUCAUGGACUGAGUUUAUUCCAAGAUGUCUCUCCACUGGCAACGUUACUGCCAAAUGACCCCAAAGCCUAGGAGUGGCAAUAACAUAGCAAAUCUCUAUUCUUUUCUUCUGUCAUUCAUUGACUGGAAGAUGUAAGAUUAGAGAGGAUUAAUGCAAUUCAUUGCAUUUUUAUAACAGUCAUUGAUUUAUAAUGGCCUUAUGCUGUUCAUGUAAAAGCAGCCAAACUGCUGAUGAAACAGUAACAUUUUCCUAAUUUGAAAAUUAAUGGUGAAAUAUGACUGCAAAAGCAAUCCAAAAUUUGUUCA